ACCACACCAAGCUAUGUUGCUUUUACUGACAUGGAACAAUUGAUUGGGGAUGCUGCAAAGAAUCAGGUUGCGAUGAACCCCACCAACACAGUUUUUGAUGCCAAACGCCUGAUUGGACGUAGGUUUGAUGAUGCUGUUGUACAGUCUGACAUGAAGUACUGGCCCUUCAUGGUGGUGAACGAUGCAGGCAGGCCCAAGGUCCAAGUAGAGUACAAAGGAGAGACAAAAAGCUUCUACCCAGAGGAAGUCUCCUCUACGGUUCUGACUAAGAUGAAGGAGAUUGUAGAAGCUUAUCUGGGGAAGAUGGUUACCAUUGCUGUGGUCACAGGGCCAGCCUACUUCAAUGAUUCUCAGUCGGCAGUUGAGCAAAGUCAGGAAAUCCAUUAUGGGGUAGCUCCAUUGACACUUCAGCGAAUGCCCGAGACCUAUUAA